ACCCUUUUAAAUAAGUGUUGGAUUAACAUCUCCAUUCUCCAUGCAAUCAAUUCAUACAAGCCUGCAGUACUAAUCUAGCUAGGUUCCUUACCUGCUUUUUCACUUCCUUAUUCUUUCUCCCUCUACACCAAUGACUCUUCACCUCUCUCUUCCAUCUCUCUCUUCAAUCCAAAACAUCUCAACCGGGUCCGGCCAAAUUUCAGAGCCUACCAAAAGCAAUGUUCCGCCUGAGACAGAUGAGAGACACAAGAAAGCCGACGACUUUAAUCUGUUUGAUUCUCUUACCAUCGGUCCUGAGACGAAAGGCCUCCUCGAUGAUACCAGGAGGAGCAAGUGUGAGUGGUUGAGGUCACAGAUCAUUGGAACCGAUGCCAAAUUUAGCACACCAUUCGGCCGGCGUAGAAUCACCUAUGCUGAUCAUACUGCCUCUGGGAGAUUCCUCCAAUUCGUUGAGGAGUUCCUCCAGAGGGAGGUCCUGCCAUUUUACGGUAACACUCACACAGUGGAUAGUUUCGUGGGCCUCCACACCGGUAAUCUAAUCCAUGAUGCAUGUGGAUACAUCAAGAAGUGCAUGGGCGCUGGACCACAUGAUGUGCUUCUAUUCCCUGGAACUGGGACCACCGCUGCCAUCAAACGGUUACAAGAGGUGAUGGGAAUCGCGAUCCCAUCUGUCCUUCGAUCCAAAGUUAUAGAUUGUUUAGUGGGCUCCGAGAGAUGGGUCGUGUUCACAGGCCCAUAUGAACACCACUCUAACCUCCUCUCUUGGCGCCAGAGCCUAGCCGAUGUGGUGGAGAUAGGUAUUGAUGAGAAUGGAAAUGUAGACAUCAAUUCCUUGGUUAAAGAACUGGAAUCACCGGAAUUUUCAGGUAGACCAAAGCUCGGGUCUUUCUCGGCUUGUAGCAAUGUCACUGGGAUUUAUGCAAACACUCGGGCAAUCGCACGUGUGUUACAUGAACAUGGAGCUUAUGCAUGCUUCGACUUUGCUUGUAGUGGGCCUUAUGUAGAUAUUGACAUGAGAUCAGAGCAAAUGGAUGGGUACGAUGCUGUGUUCUUGAGCCCACAUAAGUUUAUUGGAGGACCCGGAAGCCCAGGAAUUCUAGUAAUGAGCGAGGACCUCUAUCUUCUCAAGGCCCAUGCUCCUUCCACCAGUGGUGGAGGAACAGUACGCUAUGUCAACGGUUAUGAUGCCAAGGAUACCAUUUACUGUGAGAACUUGGAAGAGCGUGAGGAUGCCGGCACACCUGGUAUCGUGCAAAAGAUACGUGCGGCGCUAGCGUUUCGUGUGAAGGAGGAGUUCAUGGGCUAUGAUGGGCUUAUUUGCUCUAUGGAGGCCUUUCUCAUUGAAAGGGCCCUUGAUAGUUUACUGAAGAAUCCAAACGUGAAAGUGCUGGGUAACAAAUGCACACCAGGCCAACCAAUAGUAUCUUUCCUAAUUUAUCCAGAUUCAGGAAGAGGCAAACACUUGCAUUGCCGCUUCGUCACAAAGCUCUUGAAUGAUUUGUUUGGGAUCCAAGCACGCGGAGGUUGCGCGUGUGCUGGACCCUACGCUCACCUGCUGCUUGGAAUCAGUCGAGAUCGAGCCGGACCGAUCCGGUCUGCGGUUGAGAAGGGAUAUGAAGGAGUGAAGCCAGGAUGGACAAGGGUGAGCUUCAGCUACUAUACAUCUGUGGAAGAGAUGGAGUAUAUAAUUGAUUCCAUAGAAUUUAUUGCAGAGUUCGGCCACCGGUUUCUUCGUAUGUAUCAAUUCGACUGGAAAACUGGAGAUUGGUGCUUUAACAACUACUAUCGGAAUGUCAUUAACGGAGUAUCAACCAAAUCAAAUGCAAACAAUGUAACUUUUAAUGAACUUUACGCCGAGUACAUGGACAUCGCAAAACGGGUGGUAAGAGCCUUACCAGAUCAUCCAGUCGAGACCCUUCAAAUACCAGAGUUUAUUGAUACUAAACUUGUCACAUUUAUGAUUUAAUUGUACUUAAAUUAGAACAUUUUUAUUCUCAACCAUUCCUUACUAUUGUUUGAAUAAAAUGUAAUUUUUUUUUUAUAUUCUUGGUAUAAAAAUGAAAUUCUGGUCA